UACAAAAUUCCCACUCUAUUUGCCAAUAAUAACAACCAUUAAUACCCUCACUUACACCUCUCCACCACCAUCCAUUUCUCCACCGCUUCUAAAUCACCACCCUUUCUCUCUCUAAACCCCCACUCUCUCUCUAAAAAAAACCCUAAACCAUGGCCGGUACCGGUGUCGUCGCUGUCUACGGCAACGGAGCAGCAAUAGCCGAGACCAAAAAAUCCCCCUUCUCCGUAAAAGUCGGGCUCGCCCAGAUGCUCCGCGGCGGAGUUAUAAUGGAUGUCGUCAACGCCGAACAAGCCCGCAUAGCCGAAGAAGCCGGUGCAUGCGCCGUCAUGGCUUUGGAACGUGUCCCCGCCGAUAUUCGUGCACAAGGCGGCGUCGCUCGGAUGAGCGACCCGCAGCUUAUCAAAGAAAUUAAACAAGCCAUCACUAUCCCCGUCAUGGCCAAGGCUCGUAUCGGCCAUUUCGUCGAGGCCCAGAUCCUCGAAGUGCUCGGUAUUGACUACAUAGAUGAGAGCGAAGUUCUUACAUUAGCCGACGAGGAGCACCACAUCAACAAGCAUAAUUUUCAUGUUCCGUUCGUGUGCGGGUGUCGGAACUUGGGUGAGGCCUUACGUAGAAUACGUGAAGGGGCGGCAAUGAUUCGGACAAAAGGCGAAGCCGGGACGGGUAACGUUGUCGAGGCGGUUCGCCAUGUGAGGUCUGUGAUGGGGGACAUUAGGGCUUUGAGAAAUAUGGAUGAAGAUGAGGUCUUUACGUUUGCUAAAAAAAUUGCUGCUCCGUAUGACUUGGUUAUGCAGACUAAGCAGUUGGGUAGGUUGCCUGUUGUUCAGUUUGCUGCUGGUGGUGUUGCGACUCCGGCCGACGCUGCACUUAUGAUGCAGUUGGGGUGUGAUGGUGUUUUUGUUGGGUCUGGUGUGUUUAAGAGUGGGGAUCCUGCGAAACGGGCGAGGGCUAUUGUUCAGGCGGUGACUCAUUAUAGUGAUGCUCAGUUGCUUGCUGAUGUUAGCUGUGGACUUGGUGAAGCUAUGGUUGGGAUUAAUUUGAAUGAUAGUAAGGUUGAGAGGUUUGCUAAUAGGUCUGAAUAGAAACCAUGAUGCUUUGCUUCUUAAGGAAUCUUUAUGAUGCAGUUCAUUCUCCAGUACCGGCAAAUCAUCAAGAUGGAGAUGUUUGCGUGUUCUUGAUAAUAGAACUCCAUGCAGCCAAUGAUUAUUUCAAGUUUUUCUGUUUUUCUCUUAAGAUUCACAGUAUAAGUUUAUGUUUUAGGUUCAAAGGUUUAUGUUUUAAUGUUGACUGUUAUCUUUUUGAAGCAGUCUGUUUAAUUAUUAUGUUUAA